UUCUGACACACCAAAUAUUUUUACUUCCUGCACACACACACACAACACACGGCAUGAAGCAGGCUGCUCACAGCAGCUCAGACGCAACAGCACGUCGCUAGGGAGUGUUCCGUGCGAACAGGGAAGCGAAGCGCGCGGGGAGUCGGGGACCCAGCAGCGCAAGCCCAGGCAGGAGUCAGGAUACAGCAGCGGGGGAAACCGACCUGAUAUCGGGAGAGGAGGAGGAGGGGAGGCACAUACCGACGCCGUGAAAAGGCACCGAACUCACUAUAUCUCUCCCGUUCCCUUUCUGCACACUUCCGCGUUAAGAUGGCUGACCGCGAGCAGAGCAGCAGUGACGGAGAGAGCUUGAACACCGCAGGUUCGGAGCGUCGGGAUAGCGGGGCCGCGAGGGGGUUCGCCCGCCAAGGAGCCUUGCGGCAGAAGAACGUGCACGAGGUCAAGGACCACAAGUUCAUCGCACGCUUCUUCAAGCAGCCCACGUUCUGCAGCCACUGCACCGACUUUAUCUGGGGCUUUGGCAAGCAGGGGUUCCAGUGUCAAGUGUGUUGUUUCGUCGUACACAAACGCUGUCAUGAGUUUGUCACCUUCUCCUGCCCUGGGGCUGACAAGAACUCCUCAGACGGUGGGGAUGAGGACCCGAGGAGUAAACACAAGUUCAGGGUCCAUACGUACUCCAGCCCGACCUUCUGUGACCACUGCGGAUCUCUGCUCUAUGGCCUCAUCCACCAGGGCAUGAAAUGUGAUCAUUGUAUGAUGAAUAUCCAUAAACGUUGUGUCGCCAACGUCCCCAGUCUUUGUGGAACAGACCACACAGAGAGACGAGGACGAAUCCACAUCACAGCAGACAUUAAGGACAACACACUGACUGUUUACAUCCAGGAGGCUUGUAACCUAGUGCCCAUGGACCCUAAUGGUCUCUCUGACCCCUAUGUGAAGCUCAAACUCAUCCCCGACCCCAAAAGUGACACCAAGCAGAAGACCAGGACCAUUAAGUGCAACCUGAACCCUACCUGGAAUGAGACCUUCACGUUUUCUCUGAAGGACUCUGAUAAGGACCGUCGUCUGUCUGUGGAGAUCUGGGACUGGGAUUUGACCAGCCGGAACGACUUCAUGGGAGCGCUGUCCUUCGGCAUCUCAGAACUCCAGAAACAAGGAGUGGAUGGAUGGUUUAAAUUGUUAUCCCAGGAGGAAGGAGAGUACUUUAAUGUCCCUGUCCAACCAGAUGGAGAAGAGGGAAAUGAAGAGAUACGACAGAAAUUUGAGAGGGCUCGGAUUGGUCCUGGUAAGAACACCGAUGGGUCAUCAUCUAACUCCAUCUCUAAGUACGAUAGUAACGGUAACCAGGACCGUGUCAAACUAACAGACUUCAACUUCAUCAUGGUGCUGGGCAAAGGAAGCUUUGGAAAGGUGAUGUUAGCAGAACGUAAGGGAGCAGAUGAGCUGUACGCCAUCAAGAUCCUGAAGAAGGACGUGGUGAUCCAGGACGAUGAUGUGGAGUGCACCAUGGUGGAGAAGAGGGUCCUGGCCUUGUCUGGGAAACCCCCCUUCCUCACGCAGCUACACUCCUGCUUCCAGACCAUGGACCGGUUGUAUUUUGUGAUGGAGUAUAUCAAUGGAGGAGACCUCAUGUAUCAGAUCCAACAGGUUGGAAAGUUCAAGGAGCCCCAUGCAGUGUUCUAUGCUGCUGAGAUUUCCAUCGGCCUGUUUUUCCUACAUUCCAAAGGCAUCGUUUACCGGGACCUGAAGCUGGACAAUGUAAUGUUGGAUGCUGAGGGCCACAUUAAGAUAGCUGACUUCGGGAUGUGUAAAGAGAACAUGCUAGAUGGAGUCACAACAAAGACGUUCUGUGGGACCCCAGACUACAUCGCCCCGGAGAUCAUAGCGUACCAGCCAUAUGGGAAGUCUGUCGACUGGUGGGCCUUCGGAGUUCUCCUGUAUGAGAUGCUGGCUGGACAGCCUCCCUUUGAUGGUGAAGAUGAGGAUGAGUUGUUCCAGGCCAUCAUGGAGCAUCAUGUCUCCUACCCCACUUUUAUUCACACGGCCCAGUUCAAAGUCCUUGUAUAAAAACGAUACUAUUUGUGGAGCUCGACUAACGU